AACCAGCUUAAGUCCGUGGUGAUAUAAUCAAUAUGUAAAGGGCCUGCUCUCCCUCGUUUUUGAUAUGUUUCUGGGAAGGAGGGCACAGCUGGUUUGUUUCGUUGCUGCCAUUGUCGAUCUUGCUUUGCAUAUCAUAUAUUUUUGUAUACUAUAUAUAUAUACAUUUCUUCCUUCCUAUUAACUUUCUCGGCAAGUUGCUGAUCGGUUGUCUCUGUCAUACUUGUGCUUUGCAACCCUUCUACUUAUAUCUUAAACCCCCCUGGUUCACUCGCUCCCUAUUAUUAUAGCCAGCUCUCUCGAAAUCGAAAAAUAAUAAAUAUCUGCGAACUCAUUAUUAUAUUGAAGCAAGCUCCCAUUCUCCUCCUCGUCUCGUCCCAAGCUUCUCCAAAGUAACUUAUAGUACCGCAACCUAUAUAUAUAUGAUCAUUUCCGGCACUGUACCUACCGUCCAGUCUGAUAUAUGGGCGGAGCUCUCACUUGCUAUUAGUUUCUAGAUACAUAUAAUCUAGAUAAACGUCGUGUCGCAUACGGUCCAUAAAGUCCCUCGAACACUAAGUGUUCCCACAAGCGCGAGAUCAUCAAAGUUCCAAGUUGUGGGUGCGUGGUGUAGAUUGGCGCAAGCUCGCGGUGCCCGGCAUCGAGAUAUCUAGUUCCAGCAACCCUGCGCGCUCUGGCGCCAUAUAGCUUAGCCUCCAUUCGCAAUGACGGCUCACCAGCCAAGUCCCCCCGUGGAUGCUUCGUCUCCGUCAGAAGGCAAUGUCCGCAAAAGAGUGUGCAAAGCCUGUGACCGGUGUCGCCUAAAGAAGUCAAAGUGUGACGGAGCAAAUCCAUGCGGGCGAUGUAAGACGGAUAAUGCGAUCUGUGUGUUUGGAGAACGGAAAAAGGUGCAUGACAAAGUAUAUCCUAAAGGAUACGUUGAAAUGCUAGAACAACAACAGGCACAGCUAGUUGCUGGCCUCCAAUCACUCUAUAAGAUGAUGUUGGACGGAGAAGAAUGGCCGGGCGACCCCCUCAAGGAAUCGGGAAAUGGACACCCCCUUACACACGACAUUCUAGAACGAUUAGGAGCACUUAAGCAAGAGGGUAACUCGGGCGAUGAGCCAUUCGAAGAUGAUCUACAAUUAGCGCAAAAGAAGCUAAUUGCGAAUGGUGCUGGAUUUAUGCAACGGCAGGACUCAACAAGUGGUUCGGAAAGUGAGCAUUCGCCAAUAUUCCCCUCGAGACCGUCCUUGUUUGAAACCCCGUUUUCGAUGAAUCCCAACCAACUCCCACCUACUCCUCCGAGCCCACGCACUUUUCCUCCCCGAGCACAUCAAAUAUCAGAUCAAAUAAUGGAAGGAAUGUCGCAACACCAGCAACACCAGCAAUUCAUAUUGCAGCAUCAGAGGCAGCAGCAGCAACAAAAUAAGGAUAAUCUCCAGCAGCGCCAGCAGGCGAUGCGGCAUCAACGGCAGCAAUUCCAGCAAAGACAGCAGAUGGAGAUCCACCGACAACAGCAAAAACACCUCCCGCAACCGACAAUGGCUCCGCAACGGCUCUCACAGGUCCAAGCUACACAAACUCAAAUGCAAGUGCUUCUCAGUGCUCCCGGGGCUCCGCCAUCUAUGAACCCUAGUCUCCUUCAGCGACAGCAGUCAUGGUCACAAGGAGGGGGUCUAGAUGACAGUAUGGACAUUUCGCUCGAUUCGCCCCUAAUGUCAUUUGACACGCCGCAACAAACGCAAGCGUUUAGUCGGCCGAUUUCACUUACUGGGGGACUUAAUUCGUGUUUGCCAAUACAGCCAGACUGGAUGGAGGAUGCUGACUUUAAAGCAUUUUUAAAUCCAAGUGCUACAAUGAUAUAGGGGGGAAAAAGAAAACCGACAAAUACAGGCCUAACUCCAUUGACUUGUAAUUUUUCCCCCCGUUCCACUUCUUUCGCUUCAUAAUGGUUUUACAUAAUUAUUAUUACCAUCUAUGUUCGUGCCCGAAUAGACCCAUUUUGCUUCUCUCUCGCUUUACUUCUUGCAUGAGCGAUAUCCGAUCUCAUCUCUCAACACUAAUGACGACAAUGAGCUACAUUGAUUGUACUACCCUUUUUCGUUCAUUUUUCAUUUUUGCAUGAGACCUUUUCAACCCCUCAACCCAUUCCCCUCCCAACCCCCUUUCCAACUAUGUAAUAAUCGACACACUUUCCCCAUGCGCAAUAAUCUCCGUAAGGGCUGGAGGAAGAUUGCGGGAUCAUUUGACUUUGUCUAUCUAUCUAGCUCUUUUCGAAUUCAACAAGAAAAAGAAAAACCUAAGCUUGAAUAUCACGCUGCACAAGCUCCUUCUCUCCAUUGCCUUGCGGGCAGAAACAAAAAUGGAUAUGGAUAUGUAACUCCUGUCUACCAUUCAGUCCGAUUCCAUUGCGGGGUAUGUAUCAAGGGAACAUUUCAAUCAAGACUGAUAUCACCUCUCGCUUUGUUUUGAAAAUCAACCCUUUUGAGCACUCAAAGGUUCCCUGCGCUGUAUGGUUUUUUUCUUUUUCUUUCUGUGAUUUGAAUAUUAACUGCCAGCCUUUUUUUUAAUUUCCUCUUUGGCAAAUCUUCGAAAAUUCUUACGCGUUUUCAGUCCUAUUUUACAACCCCUGUAAUCUACGUGUAUAUAUAUCUAUAUAUAUCUAACCUAAUUAAUUAAUCAAUUGGCGAGUUUAUGGACGUGCAAGAUCGAGUAUAAACAACUGAUUGAAGGUGGUAGUAAUAAGUAAUGACCCAGCCCCCAACUUCCCUAUGUACACAGUGACGCUUGCGUAUGACACGUGGUAUAAUUUCAGAUAUUCUACAACACUUUUUUUUUGAAUUUCGACAAUUUGGCCUGCUUUCUUUUUCAGAUAGUUAGUUACUAAAGUGAGAUGCAGCUGAUGAGUAUGUUGAAAAUGAAACAACUAUCACUAGGUUACUCUGAUGCGGUACUUUGCACCCUUCUAUAAGCUAGAUAGAGGCUGGGAGAAGUAGCUGUGACAGCAUCGCCCAUUUUGCACUCUAUAUAUUUCUGUUAAGGGAUGCCAGGGUUAGAGAAAUGAAGAUAGAUGAUAGAUAGGGCUUGCCAAAAAGUUUAGUAUGGCGAAUGAUCAGUCCGCAGGCACAAGUAAUAGGCACAAUGACAGCUGCUAGACAUAAUUCCAAGGAAGAAUAUUAUUCUCUAACUGCCUGAAGAUGAUACUGAUUAGCACAUACAUAGGCCACCUGAGGUACCUACUUUUUCUCUAGGUUCUAAAUCAAUUCAUGUAUGUACUGUACAUGUGCCUUAGCUUUUCAUGAAAU